GUUAAUUAUACAUGGACGAGCAAGGGACGUAUGCUUUGGCUUCCUAACGUCUUAAUUGCCCCCAUAGUUAUUAUCCCAAAGUCAACUCUUCCAAUAUGAUACCGCGAUCCUUGAGAUCCGGGUUGCUUUCUUGCCGAGCGCACACCGCAGCCGUUCAUUGUCGAAACGGGUUCCUCAUCGCUCCGUCACCUUGGAUAUACAUCACACUCCCCCCAAGGUUAAGUAUAGGUAAGAGGGGGGAGUGUACUUCUCUCUCAUACACCCGCACCAGUCUCGUACUUUUGUUACCUUAGGUACCUAUUCCACCGCCCACUUCACACGCAUUUUAAUCUACUCUAUGUGUUUGAGCAAAUCUUUUUGAGUAACCCCUGCUGGGUCAAAGAUUAGAAUAGGGAGACGUAUACUAUCGCCAUAAUAGAUUCCAUCACUUAUAUAAGGCCAAUCGCCGCCUGGUUUUCUGUAGCUUCAACCCACUUGACUAUCUGACUUAAAAGACAGACGUUUCCGUCCCCUUAAGGCCCGAAUUAUAACAACGACUUAUAUCCAUUGCAUUUCAUAAGAUCCGACAAACACCUUUCUCCUAUACCCUGUUGUCGCUUCAUUCCUACAGCUCCUCCUGACUAUUAUAAUUUUUCUGUCAAUUCACCAUAUAACUUACCAUCAUGUCUUCCUCGAUCCAAGUCAACCUCGAAUAUUGUUCAUCUGGCCCACACCGGUCGGCCACUGAAUCUCCUGAAAAGCUCGGCCAGAUGCGAGACCAACGCCUUGCUAUGUCGCAGCAGUCAGGUACUGACAGCUUUACCGACCGCUAUCUCAGCGGAAGAGCUAGUUCUUACGACCACACGGCGACUAUGAGACAGACGCUAGCUGAUUUGACACCCCGACUCCCUUCCAACGCAACAAAUGGAUCGUCGGCAAGCAAUGGCAAUUCCAACUAGCCACUUUCCAUCCCACAGGACGACUUAAUGACCAUUAUAUACAAUGCUAUCCAUACGACAGAUGGCGCGUCAAAGGUGGACGCCAUAUCUUUCUGCUGCUGCUGUCGACGAUUUUAUUAGGGGUUCUUUCCACGUCAUCACUCCUUAUGGCGUGCUUCACAUCUUCACUAGUGUUCUAAUUAUUAGAGGCGGAGCUAUCUUAUGUCUUUCUUCUACUCAUGAGUGGAAGAUCGCGGGUUUCUUCUCGGAUGGAUAAAUGUCACGGACUUUAUGUAUAACACGAGCAUUUCUCCUCGUAACAUGUAUGCCUAGCUAGAUUUCGAGCAUGGGAAUAUUUCACGAUGUGGCUUUUUUUUUUUCUUAUUCAUGUAACAUAUACCCUUUAGUUACCUCUCGAUUUUCACAGAAGGAUGCACUAGUGGAAUGUUGGGACUUUUCCGUUCCAAAGCAGUUCAUCAAUAAAAGUUUUUGCUGUUCUCAC